GCUCCUGGUCCUACGUCAUUCGUGUGCGACGGUUCUGUCCACGCCAGCUGUGGGGAGGGCGUCGCUGUUCUGUGGCCGCCUCCAGUGAAGCUCUUCCAAGAAGAGCAGAGAGACGGCUGCCGCUCAGCCCCGCGCCUUUGAAGGAGCCGUGAGCCACCCGGCGUCCGGGGAGUCGGAACGUCAGCCGCGGUCACACCUCCCGGGGCAGGGGAGAGGGGGCAGUCGGCCGAGCCGGCGGGACCCGCCUGCAUCGCUGCCGGUCCGGGCCCCGCUCCGUGCACAGGGUCCCAUGAUGGCGGCAGCAUGGAUGGACCCUGCGCGGAUAUCUGUGACCUUUGAUGAUGUGGCCGUGACUUUUACCCAGGAGGAGUGGGGGCAGUUGGACCCGGCCCAGAGGACCCUGUACCAGGAGGUGAUGCUGGAAAACUGUGGACUUCUGGUGUCUCUGGGGUGUCCUGUUCCUAGACCUGAGCUGAUCUACCAGCUGGAGCACGGGCAGGAGCUAUGGAUGCUAAAGGGACACCUGUCUCAGAGCGCCUAUGCAGGUGACAAAGGAAAAUCUAAGACCACAGAAUCAACCACUAGUGAGCCAGCCCUGUCUGAGGGAGUCUUCCACCAGGAACAACUAACACAAGGAGUUCCAGGGAACUCCCAGGUGGGCCGAACUAAGGAUCAGGUUGGGUCAUUGCAAAUGCAAGAAGGACACUUGAGACCAGAGAUAGACCCCCAGAAGGAGAAGCUCCCUGGAAAAUCAAGCUCUGAACAUGGCAACAUAGGAACAGCCAAUAAUGUGUAUUCAGGGAUUGUACAGGAGCCUGUCCCUCGGGGAGGUGCUGUCCAUGACCGUGACUCAUAUGGGUCAGGUAAAGAUCCUGUGAUUCAGGAAGAAGAAAAUAUCUUUAAAUGCAAUGAAUGUGGGAAAGUUUUUAACAAGAAACGCCUCCUUGCUCGACAUGAAAGGAUUCACUCUGGAGUGAAGCCCUACGAAUGUACCGAGUGUGGGAAAACAUUUAGUAAAAGCACUUAUCUCCUUCAACACCACAUGGUCCAUACAGGGGAGAAGCCCUAUAAGUGCAUGGAGUGCGGGAAGGCCUUCAACCGUAAGUCACACCUUACCCAGCACCAGCGGAUCCACAGUGGAGAGAAGCCUUACAAGUGCAAUGAAUGUGGGAAGGCCUUCACCCACCGCUCCACUUUUGUCUUGCAUAAUAGGAGCCACACUGGAGAAAAGCCCUUUGUGUGCAAAGAAUGUGGGAAAGCCUUCCGUGAUAGGCCAGGUUUCAUCCGUCACUAUAUCAUCCACAGUGGCGAGAAUCCCUACGAAUGCUUCGAGUGUGGCAAGGUCUUCAAACACAGGUCCUACCUCAUGUGGCACCAGCAGACUCACACUGGGGAGAAGCCCUAUGAGUGCAGUGAGUGUGGGAAAGCCUUCUGUGAGAGUGCGGCCCUCAUUCACCACUAUGUCAUCCACACUGGGGAGAAGCCCUUUGAGUGCCUGGAGUGCGGGAAGGCCUUCAACCACAGGUCGUACCUCAAGAGGCACCAGCGGAUCCACACUGGGGAGAAGCCCUAUGUGUGCGGCGAGUGUGGAAAGGCCUUCACCCACUGCUCUACUUUCAUCUUGCACAAAAGGGCCCACACUGGAGAAAAACCCUUUGAGUGCAAAGAAUGUGGGAAAGCCUUUAGCAAUCGUGCAGACCUCAUUCGACACUUCAGCAUCCACACUGGAGAGAAGCCCUAUGAGUGCACGGAGUGCGGGAAGGCCUUCAACCGCCGGUCAGGGCUCACGAGGCACCAGCGGAUUCACAGUGGAGAGAAGCCCUAUGAAUGUGUCGAGUGUGGCAAAACCUUCUGCUGGAGUACCAACCUCAUCCGACACUCUAUCAUCCACACCGGAGAGAAGCCCUAUGAGUGCAGUGAGUGUGGAAAAGCCUUCAGUCGCAGCUCGUCCCUCACUCAGCAUCAGAGGAUUCAUACUGGGAGAAACCCUGUCCGUGUAACCGAAGUGGGAAGACCCUUCACGAGCGGGCAGUCCUCAGUCAACCUCCAAGAGCUCCUGUUGGGGAAAGACUUCUUGAAUGUAACCACUGAGGAAACUUCUUACUCAGAAUCUGAUCGUUCAUACCAAAGAGAACCCCCUCAGUUUCCUUCCCGAUGAGAAACCUUCUGUUGUAGGACAUCAUUUGUCAUCUGAGAAGUCAGACGGGAAACUUACCCCAUCUGGAGCCAUAUCUUACAUCUGAGAGUUCAUCCAGGGAGAGACCCAGUGAUUAUGUGCACAUAGGAAAACCUCCAGCUACAUGUUUUUCCUUGUUUUACACCACAGUAAUAUCUCAGGAAUUUUUUUUCUUUCUUUCUUUCUUUUUUUUUUAAAGAAAGAGACAUAGAAGAGAAAAUGAACUGUAAACACACAUUUUCUUUCAGACUUCCUUCCCAAGCCUUUGGCACUUUGUCAUGGCAUCCUUAGUUUACUUGGCAGGGGGAGGGUUUUGUUUUAAGGAUAAAGGACCCAGACUGCUAUGUGUCUUGUAUAUACAUUCCUUGCUAUCCAGUGUCAAGAGAGUUAAUUGAAGGCAGGUUUGGAAACUUCAGGAACAUCUUUGUUCUAAAACACUGUCUCUGUUCUUAAGGAGCUUCAUCUUUGUGAGAAAUACAAAGGCUGGAACCAUCAAACACCUUUCUGUUGAGGAGAUAAGAACACACAUAUGAAUGGGCACCUGUUGUUGCACUGGUUAAAACUGUUUAAGGCUUUGAUUUAAAAAAAAAAAAAAGAAAGAAAGAAAGAAACUUCAUGUGGUUUUGAGGAGCUGAUACUUGGACUUUUUCUUGGUCCUGUACUAUUAGUUUACUUGAUGGCUAUAAUUAGAUGGUAAAUCUUUGAGUUGUGUAAAAUGAUUUCUUUCUCUUUAUUGUUUUUAUUUAAAACUUAUUUAGCAUUCUUCAUUACUUUGAAUUUCCACAUAAAGUUUUGGAGAAGUUUGUCUGUUUUUAUGAAAAAAAUCUGUUGAAUUUUGAUAGAAAUUGAGUUAAAUUUUCAGAUCAGUUUGUUGAGAAUUCGCAUCAUUAUGAACACAGUAUGUUCAUACUUAACCCAAACUCUGUUUGUUUAAGUAUCAUUUGAUUUACUUCAUCAUUGUUGUAUAAAUUUCAAUGAUAGGUCCUGUAUGGACUUUAUAAGGUUUAUAUCAAGGUGUUUUUUUUCCUUUUAUUAUAAAUGGCAUUGAUUUUUAAACUUUCCAUUUCCACACAAGUUUUAGUAGUAUGCAGAAAUGUAAUUAAAAUCUGGAUGUUGUUUUGGUAUCCUGCACCCUUGCUGAACGGUAGCCAUUUAUUUGUUGUGAUAGGAUGCUUGGGGUUAGAAAACAUAGAAAUAUCAU